GCGGUACCCUUUGGGAGUUGGGAGGGAGGAGGGAGGACAAACGGCCAUGAGUGCAGACGAGAAACAAGUGGAAGCCAUGAAGCCGAUGGGGCAGCAGCAGCAGCAGCAGCAGCAGGAGGAGGGGGAGGAGAAGGAGGAGGAGGCGGAGGAGGGAGUUGGAAUAGGUUGGGCUGGCACUUGGGAGGAUGGUCAUAAUGAUUGGGGGGGCAGGGUUCAACAGGCUGACGGAAGCUCAUGCUUGCCACCUCACCGUAAGGCGGAGAGAGAUGUGCGGGUGGGAGGAAGUGGAGGAGCGGCUGGCCAUGGGUCAAUCCCCCGACCUCCGACCAGGAAGAUGAAAGCAGCGAUGACUGAUCAAUCUCAAGGAUGGGAUGAAUUCAGUGUUCGGGUAGUAAGUAUAGACUACCUCCUCACUCGACCACUGGCGGGGAUGGACGUGUGCUACUCGCGUUUCCAAGGUGGAAGUAUUGAGCAAGUGCCAGUCGUAAGAAUAUUUGGAUCGACAGCAGGAGGACAGAAAACCUGUCUACAUUUGCACAGGGCUUUUCCCUACUUUUAUGUUCCGUAUUAUCACGAUUUGCCACAGGAAGCAGAUGAAGCUUUUGCAUUCGUCCGGAAAAUGGGGGCAGCUAUCGAGAUGGCUAUGAAGAUGACGUCUUCUGUCAGUUCAAAGCGUCAACAUCUCCACGAAUGCAGCCUUGUGCGAGCUCGACCUUUCUACGGCUACUAUCCAUCCGAUCAGCUCUUUGUGAAGAUCGUCUUAUUCCAUCCACAGGAAGUCGGGCGGGUGGCUUCCAUUCUACAGAGUGGUGCAGUCAUGGACCGGAAGUUUCAGCCAUACGAGGCGCACAUCCCCUAUCUUCUUCAGAUUAUGAUUGAUUACAAUGUUUACGGCAUGGGGUUCAUUCAUUUGUCGAAGGUGAAAUUUCGAUUACCUAUUCCAGACGGCGAUCAACCAAGUGCAAAUGCGCCAGAGCCAGCAUCUGCAUUGCCUUCCCCAGCACAUUCAUUGGACCGCAAAACCCCCUCCUUGGAAAGUCCUGCAGAAGCUAUUGGUCAGCAAGGAGCAGGGAAGGACCCACACCGCAGCAACAGGACUAGCACGAACAAUGAAGGAUUCAAAAAGAGUGAUAAAGAAAGGGUUGGGAGAGCUCAACCUCAAGAAAAGUGCGGCUUCAGGCAGUGGCUCAGGGGAAAUGUACCACUUGAAAUGCUUUGGAUGGAUGGGAGUCUGCAUCGUAGCAAUGAGAUACAGAGCACACAACAGGGAGGACCUCCAAGACAGAGCUGCUGUGAGCUUGAGGCAGAUGCUGCCGUUGAAGAUAUUCUGAACAGAAGGGAGAUUGUCAGCAUUCCUCUCGAGCAGGCAUCCCGACAGACAAAAAUGGUGCAGUCGCUUGCACCCAUAUGGGAGGAUGAACGGGAGAGGAAUGGGGGUAGUAAGCCCAUCGAUGUCGAUCUCUUUGCAUCGAGUUCUCCCGCGCGUGAGUUACCCCCUCCAUCGGAGUUUGAGGCUUCCUUAAGAGAGGCCGCAACACGGUUGGCCUUUAGCGAGGAGCAUUGCCUUCCUGGUCAUCAUAAGCCGUUCUCACGAGAUUCGGGACCCGAAGCAGAUGCAUGGAGAAUGCGUAGUGCUUGGCUUUAUGGCGUAGUACCCGACGCAGAUGCAGAAGACGCUCGGCAGAGGAAAGAGGGAUGGAGGAAGCCAAGCCAUGCCCAUGCAGGAAAGGAGAGAAGUGUGUCACUCUGGGAGGUUCUAGAUCCGGGGCAUCUUCAAACUGCAUCAGCGGCGGAACAAACCGAAAACGUGAAAGGGGCCUCCCAGUGUGACACUGGGCAACGCCGCAUGUUUCAGAGACCUCCUGUUGGCCCAGGGAUCGGCCCAGAAUCCGAGAAUGAGAAUGAAUCCGAAAGCACCGCGGUGAAUGACAAAAGGGAUUGCAUGGAGAAAUUGCACGGACAGAGAACGGAAGCAUGCGACUCAGAACAUGCUAGUGCCAUUGCAAGUGGGAUGCCGAGGGAUGUGGAAAAUGAGGACGCAAGACGAGCCCAGAUCGAACUCGCAUCUGCGGGCAAGCUUGUUAAGCAUCACCGAAGUCCGGAUGGAAAUUCGCUAACCGAAAGACCUGACGAGGAAGUGAACUCCCAACAAGACGGAGGAGUGAGUGGAAAAGGAUUUGCUUCUUGCAUGGAAGACGCGGGCAAGAAGGAGGGGGUUGACAGCAUAAAGAGUAAAGGAUUGUGUGCUGUACGACUGGAUCAGCGUUUUGGCGGGAUUUGUGGAAGGGAAUGGACGGAGACAGGAGACAAUCGCCACAUGGCGAUCGUACCAGCUUUUGUAAAUCCGCCGGGAGAUGACAAUGCCGAGGCUGCCUCUGCUGCCGAGGCGCUUGACAAAGAGGACUUCCUGCAGCCACUUGAGGAGGGGGAGGAAUCCCACGGCAGCGGCAGAGGCAGUGGAUCAGCUCUGUAUGAAUGUACCCAACCUGCAAAUCAGUCUUUAGGGAUCACCCCUCCCGAUUUGUUGUUGUUGGGGUUUGAGGCGACUGGUGAGGGAAGACGAAAGGAGGGAGGAGAAGAGACUGAAGAGAGACGUGCGCGUGAAGCUCAUGAUAUGAGAACGGGUUCGUUCAAAGACAAACCGGGCAACAACACCAUGGCAUUGCAGACAGCAGGGGAAGGGUUGGUGAAUGAAUAUGCACUCAGGUCUCAGCUCCAGCAAGAACAAAGCUCGCAGGAAGCAGGCAAAGAGCUAUUAGAACUGCUACAAUGGAUGGGAGAUCUGGGGAUGGAGCAGGAGGUUGGCUUGCUCAAGGAUAAUAAAGAUGAAGGGGAGGGGAAUGAUGAGCUGGAAUAUGCAAGCCAGGUGGCGUGUCGACAAGGCGCUAGCCAUGCCCUUUCCAAGGUUGUAUCAGAGUAUGUGGAUUCCUCCCAUCGCGAGUGUCAGGAUAUCAUCGAUUCUGCCACAGCAGAUCACGGGACCGAUCACGAAGAUGGGCCCGACGAACGGGCCCGACGACAGGCAGAGAACGAUCGAGAGAUGGGUCCCUUUCAACACUUGGACGAGGAGUGUCGAGUAGAGGAAGAGCGGUUGAAGAUGUAUGAGCAGGAUGAGGAUGAGAUUGAGGAUGAAGAGUUUUGGAAGGAGGUGGAGGAGUUGGAAAGAAUGGGCAUCCACAAAAUGGAGAAAGCGGAAACACGGGUUAAUGCAAGUGAGAGAACAGCAGAAACUGCAGCUGUCAGAAUGUCUACUGGGGAUUCUCGGACGCAGCAGGCAAUGAAAGCCUGUGUGAUUCCACAGGUAGAUGGUGCAGCAGAUGUUGACUUUGGAGAUAGCUCUAGUGAAUCAGAAAGUUUUGAAGCAGGGUUGAUGCGGCGUGGGAAUUUGCCAUUGGCUCAGGUCGACGCAGAAAGGCAUGGACACCACGAUGUGGCAAACGGUGUGGACGAUAGUGGAAAUCCAAAGCUGUCGUUUGUCAAAGACGAGACGGAGCGCGCAGCGGCACGGGAGAAAGAUCAUGCUGCUUCGGGAAGUCUAAAGUUGGCGUCUGCUGAAGACAGGACAGAGGACGCAAUGACAUGGGUGCAAGACAGUGCUCCAUCGGGCCUGCAUGAUCUUGUGAAUAACAAUACGGUAAAAGGGGGCCAACGUUUUGCGGGCGUGAGUGAAAGAGUUUCGACGAGGGACAGAGUUGAACUGGGUGGGCUUAUCCCCCAGCAGCAAACAGGGGAUGAACGGGAAGCAGUGCGAAGUAAUGACCGAAAACAUCAGAGAUUGCAGCCUACAGUGAUGGAGGAUUGCAGUUCCCCUAAGAAAAAGCCCGUUAGUCCUGCCCCGAGUGUCAGCAAAGGUUUGAAGGAAUCAGAUACCGGAUAUCGGGAGGGGGUUGUAUUUGCACUUGCUGCUCAAGGAACGGGGGUUGGGUUCGGCAAGGCGACAGAAAUGAAGAAGGGAAGAGGGAAAGGCGUGGACACCAAGAAGGCAAGUGAAUGGAAGAGGGAGAGCAAGCAGUUAUCUCUGCGGGACUUGAUGAGAAAACAGAGGGAGAGAGUUCCAAGGAGUAGGGUAUCAGAAAGUCAGGCAGAUGGCCAAAACGUUUCAGGGCGCGUGGGCAUGGGAGCUUGGCAGCAUCAGAGUGAGAGUGCCACCGACUCGUCUCCCCAAGAUGUGAUGUCCCCGAGCACUAGUGGCCGCGUCACAGGUGAUGACUGCUUCCACAGGGAUCAUUGUUGUCACACAGGAAAUUUUGGUUUUCCACAAGGAGCGGGCAGAGUCGGCGGUGGCGAUGCCAGCAAAACUAUGGAGGGUUCAGAGAAAAGGAGUCGUUAUGGCUUGUUGCCACUGGAAGUAGGCAGAGGGGAGGGAUUGAAGAAUUUAUUUGGUGCAGAUGGUGGGGUCGGUCCAACCAACAAGGGAAACAGUGAACACUGCAUAGACAGCCAUAAUCGCAAAGGAAAAAGGGUGGAGGAUAAUCCGGUUGCUGUGAGAAAAGGCAGUAUAUUUUUCCGCAGUGUGCAUGAUGGAGGUGGGAAACCUGCAGAAGAAGAAAAACAUAACAAAGGUGGGCAGUCUAGCAAGACUGGCAAAUGGGAGGACAUCGGAAACGAUGAUGCGAAUCUCAGAGGUGAGCAGUAUGCGGCCAAGAGGCCAUACCCGGCAAAAAGGCUUUGUCGACUUACGGGUGCACCUGCAAGUGCACGGCAGUUCACCGCUGCUGAGAACAGCAUGGAGAAGGGGCAGGACUCAGCUCCUCACACCUUUUAUGGUGAGGGAAGGGAUAAGAAUAGAGGAGAGGAAACAUUACACGGCAUUGGAAAAGGAAAGGAUUGCAAACGGAAAGCGGAAAGGUGGAGUUUUCCGGUUGGUUGUGACCAACCCGCGGUGCAAGGACCAUUGAUCGAAGUGAGAGAUGAGGGAAGGGCAGCUUUUGUUGCUGCUCGGCGAACAAGUUUUCACCAAAAGAGUAGCCAGGAACAAAAGCAGAUGGACGCCAAUGUUCCAUCUUUCCAGCGAGACGACCUUACUGAAACGAAGGAUCGACUCUCUCAUUCCAAGAGAAGGAUCGGAGAACUCUUCAAAGCUAGUGACAAAGGUAGGGUUGAGGUGCCGGAUGUUUUACAGGCGUUGAAUCAACCGAAUGCACCAGAGGCUGAUUGCUGCAUGGAGGAAAACAGUGUUCAGCAAGGGUCUGCUGAGAAGGAAGGGAAGGCCAGGGGCUCUGCCAUAGAGUUGAAGGCAUGUUCAGGACUACAUGGCCUUGCUCCAGUUGAUGACAAGAGCAGAGCAGUCGAUUCUGCCUUUUUCUCAACAGCGACUGAGGCGGAGGUACGGGUAAGUGCAGGUGCCAGAACUGGCUGUACGGAUUGGCAAGACGAUGCACAAUGGAAGUCAACGAAUCAACACCCAUUGGCGGAUGACAUGAGGGGUCACAUUGUGGAAUCAGGAAGGCACGGCAGAGAUGGGGGCAGAACAGGUAGCGCUGACAUGGCUUACGGACAUGAAACUGCUGGUUUCGUCGGUGCUGGUAGAUCGGAAGCCACCGAAGCGAUAGAAUCUCAUAGCAUCCUGUCAACGACCACAGUCAGAAGCGGUGCAGCCUGCCAGCAAUUGAAAACCGGGCACAAUGAUUGUCAUGUAUCAAAGAUUGGUGAUAAUGCCGAAGCAGCGCCUCCUGUCCAAAGGACAGCGUCCGACCGUGGUAACAGAUCCGAACCUGGUUACAGAACUGGAAGGGUUCCUACCCUGGCAGAGGAGAUCGAUCUCGUAACGCGUAGAGAAUCUGAAUCUGGUUACAGAACUGGAAGGGCUCGAACCCUGUUAGCGGAGAUGGACCUGGCAACAGGCAGAGAAUCUGAAUCUGGUAACAGAACUGGAAGGGUUUUAGAUGCGGUAGCAGAUCCGAACCUAGUAACGGACAGGGUAUGCAAACCCGAGCUCUUGCCGAGGAAGAAGUGUACUGAAGGCAACAUAGAACUCGAACGAGUUGAAAUGGGGCUGCGUCCGACUGGAAGGAAGGGAUGGGAACCGGCCAGUCAUGGAUACUUCAUGGCUACAAAUAUCGCAGGACGUGUUGUAGAAAAAGUGCGAUCUGGUCGAGAUGAUAGAGACGAUAAAAUGGUAGUACACAUUGGAGAAGGGAAGGUCGUCGGUGAUGAAGAGAGCGAGGAAGGUUAUGCAUCAUUAAAGGUUGGUGAAAAGCAGAUUCCGUCCAGGAUGCAGGAUCAAUGCCUCCCGACAGCGGGAAACGAUUCCGUGUACUCGAAGGCAGGAAAUCUUGGGAGGUGUUUUGAGGAGUGCACAGCAGGUGGAAGAGAUGAUGACAGCCAUGGUCGCGAAGAAUGUGUUAUAAAAGAAGGGGAGGAUGAAAAAGAUGAUGAGGGGCGUAAUGACAUGCACAAGAAUGAAGCUUGUGAUCUAGAAGAGGAGGACGAGAACGAAAAAGAUCCAGAGAGGUACGACCUGAUACGGUUUCUCUUGCAAAAGUCAAUGUGCGGAUGGGAUGACGAUGGCCAGAGUGGCGAGGAGCACAAUCUGGAGAUCAACAACGAUGAUCUUCCACAUGCAGACAACAAACCGCAAGGUGGUCGUAUUCACGUAACUACUUCCAAACUAACAUCAGAUGCUACCAAAUCUGCAGAUGGCAUGGGGAUGGAUCACGUACUGACAUCAAAAGAUGAGAGAAGGGAAAGUGAUAGUGACGGCCAACCGGUAAUAUCAAAUGUAGCGUCUGUGAGAACACAGAGAAGAUGCAGUCCAAUGCGAAAUAUUUUUGACGAGGAGGCAAUGCGGCCUUCUCUGGAGGUGGGAGACGCUGUUGGCCCCGAUGGGAUGGGAGGUAGUGGUGAAUUUGUAAACGGAAAACGAAAUGCGCCUUGUCAGGAGACACCGUUCUUGUCAAAAGGGGAUAGCACUGCGGCACCAAUGAUUCCGGCUGAUAAGGUGGGACGCAACAGCGAGCGUGAGAAAGAGAAGCCUUCUUCUUCAGAUGAGACUCAUGGGAGAGGAGUGAGGAGUUGCGUACAUUGGCAAACUCCAACUCCUGUGCUGAAACCUUCUCUGGGAACUGAGGAGAAAUCACAUGCGGUUCUGGGUUCAACUUUAGUCCAGGGGAGAUGCCUGCGCCAGAGGGCGGAAAGAAUGGUGGAGUCUGGGGCUGUGAAACGAGUGUUGUUUGAGGAGGAGGAGGAGGAGGAGGAGGAGGAGGACGGCAAAAGGAGCCCGGAAGCUUUGCUGGAGUGUGAAGGUGAACGCAUCCGAAAACCGAUCACAAGGCCCGUGGACCAGGGUAUUGUUGAUGGACAUUAUUCAGGGGAGGAGAUUGGGACCGGGAAGGCAAAGGAUCUUCUUGUAAGAAAGACUCACGAAAGCGAGGACGAGCGUCUGAAAAAUGUACAAUCCCUUGGCAGAUGGGGUAAUGACGAUAUUGGCAAGACGCAAAGGGCGAUGGACCAGAGUACUGGUGAUGGACAUUAUACAGCCGAGGAGGUUGGAACAGGAAAGCCAAAUGAACUUGUAGUGAAGGACCACGAAAGCGAGGAGCUCGUGAAAGAUGCCCAAUCCCUUGGCGGAUGGGAUAAUGAUGGUAAUAUUGGCAAGGCCCAAAGGGCUGUCCCAAGGAGACUGCACGAAUCGGAGGAGCAGAAGGCGAAUCUGCGAAGAUUCCAAGGACAAGGACCCCAGCAAGAAGAAAUAGGCAGCUUAGCAAACCAAUCCAGAACACUUCAAUGUGGUGAAUUUUCAAAUACCUGUUCUCCAGACGUGCGGAAAGACUUCAAGGUGCUAGAGGGUGUUGAGACGGCUCGCUCAGGAUCACAAGAAGCGUCGAGGCGGGAGAAAAGUCAAAAUGACAAGAAGAGUGAUGCCAAAGGCGUCAGGCAGGUGAAGAACUCCGAGAUUGAGAAAGGGAGAGGGGAUUGUGAAGGAGAGGUGGACGAAGACGAGCUGAAAGCGGGAGAUGUUGAAAGGGUGGGAAGCAGGAACAAGGACAUGAGAGACGAUGGAGAGUUAAGGAACACCUGCGGAGAUGGCCGGUGUACUUCGACAAGCCGUGAAGCUGGAAAAGGAAAUACCAUAGAGGAGAUUCUUGAAAAGAAUACAAUGUCAGCUGCAGUCCAAGAGGGGGAAGAUAUUCAUGCGGAGAGAGAAAAAGUGCAACGGGAGAUCGACUCUCCGUUCAAGAGUUCGGAAAGUAAACAUUUGUCGGAUCCAGAUUUUUAUUGCGGAGAUCAUCGUCACGAUGGUGGGAUGGCCUGUGAGGUCUUGGGGCGAUCGGAGAAAGGAAAAAGCCCACAUACUGUUGAGGACAAGGGGAGAGAGUACGGAAGAGAGAAGGAGCUUUAUGUGUUUCGAUAUGCAAAGCUGCCACCGACAAGAAUGGAGGUGAUUGCAAGUCUGGACAAAUACAAACUGAAGGAGGUUGAUUAUGGUGGGGUGUUCUAUGGAGAUCCCAAAGAUGUUGCCGACCGGCCGACGGUAUUUGCUGGUAUCGAGUUCAAUGUAAAAUCAAAAGAGCUGGGAGAUCUUCCUCCAGUAGAGUUCAGCUCAUGCUUUUGUCGAGAAGCUCCUGUGUUGUUUGCCCAUCCUCGGGUAAAACAGAGGCGGCGGCAGGGAGAAGGGGAGGGAGAAGUGGAGGGAGAAGUGGAGAGUUUGCGGGAAUUGAAACGGGCAAAAGGAGAGGCGAGGUUGUGCGUCCCUCCUACUGUGUUCGUUCCAGCUACACCACCUCCAACACGAGAGCUUGUGCAAAACUGGCUCGCCCAAUGGAAUGCGCAGAGACAAGCAGAUGGGCAAGGCGUUUAUGGAACCGGGAUCAAGAAGAAGCCGUUGCCAUCGGAUCUGUGCCAAAGAUCGACCAAACGAGGAGAACCACUGUUUGCAUUCGAUGCGAACACUGGGAAAUUGAUACCUUUCGGAGGAAAGGGCUGUUGGGAAGGCAGUGAGGCUUACCGGGACAGCCAAGGCAGCAGCGGCUUCGUUGAUGACGACUGGGGGCAUGAUAUGGAGAGAAAUGAUGGCAGGGAGGAGAACGUCGAUGACAUGGGUGAUGGGUACGUCGGGAGGCCCGCUUCACCGAAAUAUGAUGAGCAUCAUGUGUUGGGUACUCCUUAUCUUGGCUUGAGGAUGCCGCAGGUCAGGAGUUUGAGAGACGCAACGACGACGACACCAGGGGGCGCUGUUCUGCCGAUGCAAACCAUGCCCAGAGUUGAGAAAACCACAGGCCCCUCCUCUGGGACAAAAGGAGAAGGGACGAAGGCAAGCGGAAGUGUCAUUCACAAACAUGAUACGGGAACUCCUGUUGCGGGACAAGAAGAUAGCCAUCGGACCGUUUCUUCUCAAAGCAAGCCAGGGGCUGAUUGUGAGACAACUGCUGAGCCCAACCUUCCUGCGCGUGUUCCUCCUCCGCCACCCCCAUCUUCUCCCAGUCCAAUUGCUAUCAGCAAAUCCACCAAAGGGUCCGAACAAACCCCUGUUGCCCCUGCCAGGACUUCUGUCGAUGUCCAAGUUGGUACUACUGUGAGGGCAAAAGACCAGGAGAAGCUCCAGUGGCCAUCUCGUAAGUGGCGGGAUGUCUCCCAGAUUACGAUGAUGUCGCCGGGUGCAACAGGGGCUGCUGCAAGCACCCCUCUUAGCCAGUCGGGGUUCAAGGACCCCGCAAGCUCAGGUGGCGGUCAGCAACUUACGUUGAUGAGUUUGGAGGUACAUGCUGCGAGCAGAGGUGAUUUGAAUCCAGAUCCAAGAUAUGAUAGUGUGGGUUGCAUUGCGAUUUGCGUGCACAAAGAGGGACCCGCUGACGAAGGGUUAACGAACGAGUUCACACUGGCACUCGUCCUGGAUGAGCAAAUGGGUGAGAAGUGCGACAAUAACGAUGCUGCAGCAGGACCUGCGGCACCCAGCGCCUGUGCAAGGAGGAGGAGGAGGAGGUGUGUUAUCAGCUUGACAGCCUCUCGAUCUGCUGCCGUAGACGAGAUCCAAACUGAAGAUUAACCGAUGACAAUGGCAAAUGAUUCAAAUGAAGUAAAAAACAAUCAAAUAAAAGUGAUAAAAACUAUUAAAAAGC